AUGCUUACUGAGGCUGUGGGCGUCACAUUGGAAAAGGAAACAAGUUGUGAGCGGCGCGCGUUGGCGUGUGAACGCGGCACUGGGCGAGAGGACGUGGUGGGAGGCACAGCGAGUCUUUCCUCGCCAGCAGCGCGUCAUUUUUAGCCCCUCGGUGUAUUAGAUGUCUGGACUUCACCGCCGGGGUCUCUGAACGCGUCUACCCGUCAGGUCGCGGUCGCUCGGAGAGGAGCGCGGGGAGGUGCACGUGGAGGGCCCGGAGGAGAUGGUUCCGACUGCAGGAUGGACCCCAACAACGUGGCGCCCGGGUUCGUGCUGCUGCUGGCCGCGUGCGUGUGGACGGAGGUCACUGAAGGUGGACACGUGGAUAUUGUGCAGAGUGCAGGUCACCUCUCCUGUUCAGAGGGAUUUACAGAACAGGGCUACUACAACGGCUCCGUUUCCCACACGGACUCCGGCUCUGCCUGCAUGAAGUGGACAGAAUUUCCUGACUACAUGCGGCAGUACGCGGGCCGAGGCCUGGGGGACCACAGCUUCUGCCGGAACCCGGACCGAGAGGCCAACCCCUGGUGCUUCAUCCGGCAGAGCUCAGGGGCCAUCGGCUGGGCGUACUGCGACUGCCAUCAGGGUGCAGUCCGAUUGGCAGGGGGGUCAUCAGGGAACAACGGGCGUGUGGAGGUCUAUCUGAAUGGCCAAUGGGGGGCAAUAUGUGACACCCACUGGACCGACCGCGACGCCAGCGUCAUAUGCGGACAGCUCGGACUGGGUCAGAUUGGGACAGCCCUGCAGCAUUCCUACUUCGGCCCAGGUUCUGUCUUCCACUAUGAGCGUCUGGGUUGCCGUGGAAAUGAGAAUUCCCUGCUGGAGUGCCGGAGCAGGAAGUUUGUCACCAAUGAUUGUAACCAUGGCAACGAGGCAGGGGUGGUUUGUGCUGAACCCGAGGGUACUGGCAUCCCCCUGAGGCUGGUGGGAGGCCUGGACGACUUUGAGGGCCGUGUCGAGUUGUACCGUGACGGCAAAUGGGGAACCAUUUGUGAUGACCGGUGGGAUGACACUGAUGCUGAGGUGGUGUGCCGACAAUUGGGCCUGGGGGGCGUGGCCAAGGCAUGGAAAUGGGCCCACUUUGGCCAGGGUGUUGGUCCCAUCUUCCUGGAUGGGGUUCAGUGUUCAGGCAAUGAACUCUCUCUAGAGGAGUGUCCUCAUAACAUUUGGGAGCAGCACAACUGUGACCACAUCGAGGACGCAGGCGUGUCUUGCAACCCAUACACAGACGGUGCAGUUCGUCUGAUGGGAGGAGACAGUCACUGGGGUGGUCGCGUGGAGAUCUACCAUCAUGGAGAAUGGGGCACUGUGUGUGACGACAACUGGACUGAGCUCAACGCUCAAGUGGUGUGUCGACAGCUGGGCUUCAGGGGUCGAUCGAAGGUGGCUGCUGACGGGGUGUAUGAAGAAGGGCGCGGGCGGAUCCUGCUGGAUGAGGUUCAGUGUCGGGGAACAGAGGCCGGUUUACUGGCCUGCAGCCACUCUGAGGUGGGCCAACAUGACUGCUCCCACAGUGAGGAUGUAGGUGUGCUCUGCGAGAGGGGAGGUGAUACCAAUGACAUGACAGGCCUUUUGACUCCUAGUGGCCCUCUGGUGCGCUUGGUGGCUGGAGAGAGUAGGAAGGAGGGCAGAGUGGAGGUCUUCAUUAACGGCCAGUGGGGAAGCGUGUGUGACGAUGACUGGAGUGACGUUAAUGCAGCUGUGGUUUGCAGACAGCUGGGAUUCACCGGCGUGGCUAAAGCCCGAUCCGUGGCCUACUUCGGCGAGGGUCAGGGUCCCAUCCACCUGGACAACGUCCGAUGCUCGGGCGCUGAGACCUCCUUGGGCCAAUGUCCAGCGCUGGGCCAAGACCGCCAUGACUGUCGCCACAGCGAGGAUGCAGGCGUCAUAUGCGACUACACCCUGGAUCGCGUGGGAGACGCUGCUUUGGCAACGCAGACCUGUGGCGUGAGACUCAAUAACCAGCGCCGCCGCCGCCGGCGGAUCAUAGGGGGAGAUAAGUCGCUGAGGGGCGAGUGGCCCUGGCAGGUGUCUCUGUGGCUCCGCUCUCAGUCCAAAGGAAGCCACCCUCUGUGCGGAGCGUCACUCAUCAACCACUGCUGGGUCGUGACCGCUGCCCACUGCUUCAAGAGGUUCGGGCGAGACCCGAGCCGCUACCUGCUGCGCCUGGGUGACCACCACACGGAGGAGCAGGACGACUUCGAGCGCACCCUGUCACCCAAGCGCAUCGUUGUCCACGGGAAGUACCACAGUCAGGGGUGGGAGUAUGACAUCGCCCUGCUGCAGCUCAAAGGCACGGAGGGCAGCUGCGUGGCAUUCAACCCUCACACCAGCGCCGUGUGUCUGCCCGAGCCGGGGAACAGGUGGGAGGAGCGGCCGGCGGCCUGCGUGAUCACCGGCUGGGGCGUCACAGACUCGGAGUACUCCCGGACUCUGCUGCAGGCCUGGGUCCCCCUGCUGCCGGCCCGGAGGUGCAAGAGGCGCUACAACGAGCGCUUCACCAGCCGCAUGCUGUGUGCCGGGAGCCUGUCGGAGCGCCACCGCGUGGACAGUUGCCAGGGUGACAGCGGGGGUCCGCUGGUGUGCCAGGGGCAAGGGGGCCGUUGGGUGCUGACCGGGGUCAUCUCCUGGGGGCACGGCUGUGGCGACCCGGCGUUCCCCGGAGUGUACACGCGCGUUAGCAGGUUCCUGCGCUGGAUUGACAAAACCAUCAACAAACCCUACAAAAGCUGAAGAGUUCACACCAUCAGCAAUGUUCACACUUCUGUUAGCGACACGCAGCAGGACCCACAUCUCCCGUCACAAACCUGUUGUCCCUCACAACAUGAUGACCUGAACCAACCAUAACAGGGAGCCUCACAAUAUGGAUCACUGUCGCAGAGUCAUUCAUAGAUUCAUGUAUUUAAAUGAUCCAGCAGAAACCAAGACAGCACCACAACCAAAGCAUGUGCCACUUGUUUAUUGCAUGGCUACGAUUAGCUUUUUGCAGAGGACCUGAGAUGACCUGAUUCCAGAACUAUACACAUCAGCUUACCUUUGUCGGGGGUCGCUGGGGGCGUAGGAGUACCCGCCCGCUCCCCUGUAAGCAUGUUUCCAUCCA